UUUGUCAAUUGUCAUUUGAUAAUUCGAAAUUGAUACAAAUGACCAUAGAUAAUACACUAAAUAUAGGAACAAAUUACCUUUGCAAAUUACUUAGAAAAGAGCACCAGAAAGAGCACAUUCAAGAGCAUUGCACAGUUAAGCAUUACAAUACUUUACUUAGAGUGAAAGAAGCUAUAAUUGAUGACCAUUGUUAACCAAGUAUUUUGGUGUGCCUUGGAAGAAUCAGAAUCGCAGUAAAAACUACUACAGCCCAUCACAACAAACUUGGAAUUGGUGCGUGCCAAAGCACGAAAAAACACAUUUUAUUUCAAUUCAUUGAACAUUGGUUUACCGGCGCAUUAGUAAGUCAAUACAAAUACAAUGGACGAAAUUAAAGAAAAAAUAUUAAAUGUUGCUCGACAAAAUCCUAAAGGUAUAUCUGAUAACGACAUUACCGCAGCAAUACCUGAACUCCAAUCAGCCGAACUUGUAACAGCAAUGAAUGAACUAUUGAAACAAGAGUGUUUCGAUUUGUUUAACCAGGGUGGUUCAUUGAUAUACAGACUAAAAACACAGUCAAGUAAGCAGGCAGUUAAAGGAGCUGACAAUGAGGAGAAAGUAGUGUAUAAUUUAAUACAGGAAUCUGGAAAUAAAGGAAUAUGGAUAAGAGAUAUUAGACUUCGUUCUAAUCUUGCAAAUACACAAUUAACUAAAGUGUUAAAAAGUUUAGAAAGCAAAAAGGCAAUAAAGGCUGUUAAAUGUGUUAAUGCAUCAAAGAAGAAAGUUUAUAUGUUAUACAAUUUAGAACCAGAUCGUUCAAUAACUGGGGGUGCUUGGUAUCAAGAUCAAGAUUUUGAUUUAGAAUUUGUGGACAUACUUAACAUACAAUGCUUGCGAUUUCUAAAUCAGAGGGCUGAUAGUGUGAAGAAUAAUCCAAGAGGGCCUAUUGUUGGUAGAACACAGUCUUAUGCAACAGUUGCUGAGGUUCAAAAGUAUAUUACUGAUUUAGGAAUUAGUAAAGUCCAAUUAGAUGCUGAAGAGGUUAUUACAAUUCUUAAUACUUUAGUAUAUGAUGGUAAAGCUGAGAGCAGUGUGUACCCUGAUGGCAGCAAAGUAUAUAGAGCUAUAGAAUCUCUAAUACCUCCCCCAGGAUUGGUCCAAGUUCCCUGUGGAGUGUGCCCUCUAAUACACAAAUGUAGCUCUCAAGGUUUAAUUACACCACAGGAUUGUAAUUACAUUACUGAAUGGCUUGAUCAAUAAAGCAAGACACAUUAUGUUGUUAAACUUCUA